AUGGGAGAGCUGGGACCCUUCAUUCCGCCAGCCUCCCCUGAGCUUGGCGAAGUCUCACUCGAGCGGGUCAUCCGCCUUCUCUGGGGGCUCCAAUCCCAAGUCAACCGCAUUGAGCGGACCCUCUCGGAACAAGCCAAAGUUAGCCGAGAGGUUCAAACCAAUGUCGAGAAUAUCUUGCAAACAGUCGAUGUUGUCAAGGAUGGGCUUGCCCAGCUCCAACACGCCCGGGGCCCUCAUACCCCAGAAGAACAAAAACCCCCCGCGGUCGAGGAAACUCCUAGGGCUGCGCCCAAAGCAGAGCCUGUUGGCAAGGCUCAACCAUUCCUCGGGGCCCCAGCCCCUAUCAUCCCCACAGGGGCCCCUAGGCGCGACCCCCUAUCACUCUUCAAUCCCUACCCUUCCUCGUCCUUCCCUUCAGGACCGCCUCCAGCAGCCCCCCAAGGACCUCCACCAGCGCCUGUCACUGCCCCGGCGUUGCCUCCAGCCCCCUCCACUGUAAAGGUGGACCACCCAGAUGCCUUCAAAGGCAAGAUAGGCUCGGAGGCCAAGCAAUGGCUAACCCGCAUGUUGGCCUGGGUUUGCCUCAACCAGAGGCAGUUCCCCUUGGACUUGGAGGUCCUCAGCUUCCUUCUCAUGAAUAUGGAGGAAGCAGCUGGGGCCUGGGCCCAUCCCCACCUGGACCAACUAGGGUCCCAUUGCGCGCUCAUCCAAACCGUGGAUGAGUUCAAAGUCGAAUUCCUGGCUGCAUUCGGAGACCCGGACGCCACCAGAGCAGCGGAGCGGAAGAUCACUUCCCUCACCCAAUCCGGCACCUGUGCCAAAUACAUUACUAAGUUCCGCACGCUGCAAAUGGAGCUUGACUGGAACGACGCCGCACUCCGCGGCCAGUUCGCGCGAGGACUGCAUUGGGAAGUCCGCAAACAAAUUGCCACGAGGGAGAGGCAACCCCGUACCCUGAGGGAGCUACAAGAUGCUGCCCUCAUUAUUGACAACGCCCUCCGUGAGGAGAGAGCCAGCCACCUGCAACAGGGUAAUAAGUCUGGCAAAUCUUCUACCACCCCCAACCGGGGGGCGAGUACCGGCCAGCAAGCCACCAGAACUGGCCCUCUCUCCUCCAAUCCCAAUUACGUCUCGGAGGAGGAACGCAACCGCCGCCGCGCAGAAGGACUUUGCGUGAAAUGCGGAAGGGCCGGGCACAAGUUUGCCAAGUGCAGAACCGGCUGGAAGGCUACCCCAAAGGAGGAUAAGGGGAAAGCCAAAGAAACCGCCAAAUUUGGCGAAGACUCUGAGUACCAAUCGGGAAAAGACUUGGAAUUAUGUAAUAUAUCUGCCUCACAUAAAAAUCAACCAUUAUUCACCAUUCCAAUUAAGCCAGAGAAACAAGCGGAAUCACUAGAAGUCCUGAUUGAUUCAGGCGCCACUUCCUCAUUUAUGCACCCACGCACCGCGGAAUUACUCCGCCUUCCACUCAUUGACCUCUCCACUCCCCGCACCGUUACAAUGCUCGAUGGGUCAAGCCCCCAGGCUGGUAGAAUCUGGAAGAAGGCUACCCUAACCUUCUCCUUGGAUAGUAAGCGAAUGACCAAGACCUUCCUGAUCUGCAAUACAGGGUCUCACGCUGCCAUCCUGGGAUUGAAAUGGCUAGACGCCCAUAAUCCGGAAAUUGACUGGAAUCUACGCACGCUCUCCUUCCCCCACACGCCACCAGAACACGUUGCAAUUGCCAAAGAAGAGGAAGCUGACAAAGACCCCCUCAAAGGAGUACCCCCUGAGUACCAUCAGUACGCCAAGGUAUUUGGGGAAGAAGAAUUCAACAAACUUCCUCCGCACAGGCAUUACGACAUUGGCAUAGAACUUACAGAAGAAGGUCCCUUGAACUCCCCCCUGUACAGUAUGACUGAUGCUGAGUCCAUCACACUCAAAGACUGGCUCAGGGACGAGCUCAAGGCUGGGAAGAUCCGCCCCAGCAAAUUGCCAAUUAGCUCCCCUGUUAUGUUUGUACCCAAAAAGGAUGGCUCACGUCGACUCGUAGUAGACUACCGUCGCCUAAACAACCGGACAAAAAAGAAUGUGUACCCACUACCCCGUCCAGAUGACCUUAUGGCCCAGCUCCGCGGUGCCAAGGUUUUCACCAAACUAGACCUAAGGUGGGGUUACAACAACGUCUGGGUCAAAGAAGGCAAUGAAUGGAAAACGGCCUUCCGUACCAAAUACGGCCUAUACGAGUCCCUAGUCAUGACAUUUGGUCUUACCAACGCCCCCGCCGCCUUCCAACACUUCAUGAACGAAUUGUUCAAGGAUCUGCUAGAUGUAUGCGUCAUCAUAUACCUUGAUGACAUCCUGAUUUAUUCCAAAGAUGACGCAUCACACACCAAGCAUGUUCAUGAAGUUUUACGGCGCCUGAUGAAAAACCAGCUGUUCUGCAAGGCGUCUAAAUGUACCUUCCAUGUCACCUCUGUGGAGUACCUUGGGAUUAUUGUCUCCGACAAGGGUUUCAGUCUGGAUAAACUCAAAAUCCAGGCAGUUCAGGAAUGGCCCACGCCUACCAAGGUUAAGGAAGUACAAUCCUUCCUUGGGUUUGCCAAUUUCUUACGGCAAUUUGUGGCCAACUUCAGUCACAUGGCCAGACCUCUGCACAACCUAGUCAAAAAAGACACGGCAUGGAAAUGGGAUACCAAGGAACAAGAAGCAUUCCAGGGAUUGAAAGAUGCAAUCACUAACGCCCCGGUACUAUGCCACGCGGAUCCUACCAAGCCUUACUUCCUUGAGACAGACGCAUCUGGCGUGGCCCUAGGUUCCAUACUCAGCCAACGGCAAGAAGACGGACGCCUACACCCACUGGGAUUCCUGUCAGAAUCAUUCAAAGGUGCUGAACAGAAUUAUGACACCCACAAUAAGGAACUCCUGGCCAUUAUCCAAUCAUUUGAAUAUUGGCGCAUCUUCUUGGAAGGAACCCUGCAUCCCAUUACAGUUUUUACGGAUCAUCGGAACCUGGAAUAUUGGAAGGAGUCUAGAACCUUCAAUCGCCGCCAUGCACGCUGGCAUCUCCUCCUGGCUGGGUACAAUUUCCAAAUCGUGUACCGCCCUGGUAAACAGUCCGGCAAACCAGAUGCCUUAUCCCGACGAUCAGACCAUGCCAAUGUCCCACCUGCCAACCAAACCAUGCUCCCCGACCCUGUAUUCGCCAACAUUGCCCUAGUAACCCCGGAAAAGGAGUUACAGCGUCAGAUUGAGUCAUCACUCGACCAAGAUGAGUCCUUGGAAGAAAUCUUACAGUUUCUACAAAAUGAAUCCAAAGCCCCGCCAUCAAUCAAGCGCGCCUUCAAAGAUUACGAAAUGGAGGCGGGUCUGUUGUUUUACCAAGGACGAAUUGUAGUUCCUGACGUUGGCACACUAAGAACGGAGCUGCUUCGCAUUUUCCAUGACAGCCCCUUAGCCGGACACCCCGGAAGGCAACGAACGUUGGAAUUGAUCUCCAGAAACUACUAUUGGCCCGGCAUCCGCGCCGACACCUACUGGCACGUGGAUUCCUGCAAAACCUGUCAACGAAUCCGCAAACCCAAGUACGCUUCCAUUCCCCCGCAGCCUCUGGAACUACCCACGCAACCUUGGCAACACGUAUCCUACGACAUGAUUGUGGAUCUACCCAAGGACGGCACCAACGACUCCAUCUUGGUCAUUGUGGACAGCUUCACCAAAUAUGUCAUCUUGGUGGAGUGUUCCAAAAAGCUCAAGGCCCCAGAACUGGCAAAUCUAUUCUUACAACACGUUUGGAAACGGUAUGGCAUGCCUGAGAAAACGGUCUUGGAUCGGGGAAGAGUCUUUAACAAUAAGUUCCUGAAAGCACUGUACCAGCGGUUAGGAAUAGAUCCCCACUUCUCCUCGGCAUAUCACCCACAAAGCGAUGGACAAACGGAGCGGGUAAACCCCACGGUGGAACAUUUCCUGCGGGCCUACUCGGGAAUCAACCAAAAGGACUGGGUCAGAUGGUUACCAAUGGCGGAAUUUGCCUACAACAACGCAUUACACAGUAGCACCGGCAAAUCCCCCUUCAAGGCACUCUAUGGAUGGGAACCAGCCCUGACUCCAAGCAACGUUCCAACCGACGUCCCCGAAGCUGAUGAUCUAGCCACCCAAAUGGAAGCACAAUGGCGGGAAAUUGAAGCGGCACUCCGGCUAUCAAAGACACGAAUGGUAGCCGGGGAAACCGGAGAACCCCUCGAAUUUGAAAUAGGAGAAGAAGCCUGGCUAGACGCAAAAAAUGUGAAGCUAAGGACCCUGAGCCCUAAGCUAACAGAACAACGCCUAGGACCAUUCAAAGUAAUUGAGAGGAUCUCCAAUCGAGCCUACCGCUUGGAACUCCCGCCAACUAUGCGUAUCCACAAUGUCUUCCAUGUAGGACUUCUAUCAAAAGUCAAAAGGGACAAGAAGCGUGCAUUUGAAAAUCGCCCUCCACCUGUCACCAUAGAUGGAGAAGAGGAAUACGAGGUGGAAGGGAUCACUGAUGCUGAGGAAAGGAACGGGCAAUGGUUCUUCCGAGUCAAAUGGAAGGGGUACGGUUCCAAAGAAAACACGUGGGAGCCUCGAGAAAACUUAAAAAACGCCAAAAAAAUUUUAGAAAAGUACGAAAAGGAGAUGAAAAAGAAGGCCCUCGGCGCUGCCAAGGCCCUUAGAGGGGGGGCAGUGUCGUAG